UAGUUAACCCUAAGGGUAUAAUUGUAUUUUACCCUUCAUUAAAAGGGAAUGUAAAAGUGGUUAGUGUAAACAUGAAAAGUGGUACUAUGAAUGUGGUAUUUGUGGCAAUUUCCCAAAUAACUUCGAAAACAUUCAACAAUAAAGUGCACAAAUCACCUAGGAGAUCAUUUUCAAAGUGGAUAAAACUUUAGCAGUGUUUGGGUGCCUCUUUCCAUGUCAUAUGGAUCAUCGUAGUGGUCAUUUAUAGACCAUGCAUAUAUACUUUAAAAUACAUUAUUUUAUAAAUGGUUUCCUUUAGCAGUUGUAUGGUAUAUGAUCGGUUCACUUUCUUUGCGUGGAUGCCUUUAAAGAAAAACAAGGUAGAGGGUGUUUCUUCUUUUAAAAGUUUUUUAUGAAGCUUUUUAUCGUGUAAAGUUAUUUCAUCGUUACAUUCUUUGAUUCUCCUUCCCUUACAAGUACUGCAAAAACUCCUCCAAUCAUAAUUAACGUUAUUAUUAUGUUCUUCUGAUCAGUGAGAAACAUCGAUCAUGAUUUCAAAAUUUGCUUAAAUUAACCAUUUUAAUUAUUAAAAGGUAUUUUUUGUUUUUGCUUAAAAUCACAGAGAACAAUGUAGAGUAUUUCAAAGAUCUAACCAUUUUUAAAAAUAAUUAAUUAAAGAACAUUAAAUCUAGCUUUCAAUUCGAUUAUUACUAGAUUAACUAGUUAAUAAAGAACAUGUCUAGAUUUUACACAUUUAUUGAUUAAAAAAACGUACACAGUGACUUGUGAUUACGUAGAUAUAUAAUCAACAGUUCUUUUACUAAAGCAUGUUAUUACAUCAAUAAUUACUUUCGAAAUAAAGACGAAUAUGAUCAUUUCACAAACUAUCUCUUUAAUCCCAUCAAUGGCUUCAUCUACAAAUAACCAAUUCAUAUUAGUGCUAUUCUCAUUCUUACUUGUCCUCAAAACAUCAUCAUCUUUCGGAAACCACUCGUCCACCGAUGGGAUUUUACCAUUCGCACCUAAACAUGUCGUAGUUGUUAACAAACUGACCUCACAAGCAAAGUUGAUCGCGCAUUGCACGAAUAAAGAGAAAGAUCUGGGGGUAAAAGAGCUGUUACCUGGAUCUAGCUUUGAUUUUAGGUUUCGUGUCAAUCUCCGUAAAACGACGAGAUACACUUGCACUUUCGAGUGGCCCGGAAAUAAGGUAACAUUUGAUAUUUUCAGGGUAGAUAGAGAUGAUACUCCAAAAAGUGAAUUUGGAGUUUGUAGAGAAUGUAUUUGGUACAUUUAUGAACCAGCCCCUUGUCGUCUUGACCGCGAUGCAGGCAUUCCUUAUUGCUUUGAUUGGAAUUCUUAGGCCAUUCAUAUUAAGGAUUCUCAAGAAGAAUCUUUUAUUAGAAAUAAUAAUAUUUUAAUAAAAAGGUUUUCAAAGAGUUUGAGAGAUUAAUGAUAAAAUCUCUCAUAAUGUGAGUGCCUUUGUUGUCUGAAAAAAUUUACUGUAUCUUUUUCUCAUUUUCUUGUGAUUUAUAAUGGCAAAAAAAAAUAAUAGCAACAAAAUAAACAUAAAGUGGCUGUUAUUAGUGAUGCAUAUUAUAUACUAGCUUAUAUUCUUAUAACCAUGAAAUUUCGAAUCUUUUUAUUAAGAUAUCUCGGAAAUCAAGUAAUAUGAUUCCAUACAAUGAAAAAUAUUAUACAUCCACUUCGAAAAAGAUCUUAGAUCACCUUGAGCAGAAUCAGUCUUGAGGAAGAAACAAAUUACAGCCAAAUCUCAGAUCCUGAUCUAACACCAGAGGCUGGAGGAGGCUAACCUCACCAGUCAAAGCGACAGUUCACUUUAUCAAAUAAGCAGUUUGGUGUAAUCCUUAGCCCAUUCUCAAAUAGUAUUCAUUUAAAAUUAUUUGGUUGAAAUGACCUAUAAAGAAGUGUGAUACACGUUAAUUAAGUGUCCAUUACGAUAGAUGUCGUGUAAAGACCAUAACCUAACAAGUGUACAAACUUUAUUCUUAUCUGACCUCGGGGUAUCAUAGAUUCUGUCCAAACACUUCAAGUCAAAGAAGAAAAAGUUACACAAAAUUAGUUACAAUUUUUUUUAAAAAUAGUAUAUAAAAAACGGUGUAAAAUCCGGAGGUAUUCAAGGAAAGGGAAACAAAUAGUCAAAUACUAAAACGUAAAAUGCGAAAAAGGUAAAAAAUAAAAUAAAACAAAAAAGAAAAAAAGAAAGAAGAAAGGGUCAAGAGAGCAUAUAUUCCCUUCUCCAAGAGAACCCCACUCAGGUUUCCAGAUAUGGUGUUAGAAUCAAUACUAUUAAAAGAGAAUGAGUUUUAAUAAAUCUACUUAAAAAAGUUGUUUGGACUCUUUUAUUAACUAAUAAUAUUCUGGUCUUACUUUGAUUUGGACAAAUAAUAUGUUACCUUUAAUUUUACUAACAAUCAUUUAGUCAAACCUUUUAUUUAUUGGACCCAUAUCUUUUUGUAAACGAAAAGAUUAUAUCAUAUAUAUACUACCACAUAAAUUUGGUUAACGAAAAUAUAAUAUCACAUACACUUUAUUAUACUUUUCUCUAAAUAUGUCUCAUUAACUUCAUAAUUAAGAUAAAUUUAAAAAUUAUAUAUUAUCUUAAUUUUAUUUUAUUGAUAAAUAACAAUUUAAUAUUUAAGAUAAGCUUAAAUAAUCAAAAACCAAACAAAUCUUUUUUUUACUACUCAACAAAAAACCUACAAAUCUAUACUAUUAAAUUAGUCAAAAACCUCUCAAAUAAAUCUUAAGUUUCAUCAACUUAACAAAUGUAACUUUUAUAAAAUGCACAAAAAUAUAGUGAAAUGUUAGAUUUGGUCAUUCGGAUCUUCUGGUCAAAUAUAAAUCGGUUUCUUUCAGAUCCAAGUUCUUUGGGUCUUGGGCAUUUAUAUCCAACUAGGUAUUUGAAUGAUUUUUGUUCAGAUCGGUUCCUUUUAGUUCCAGGUCAGUUUGAGUCAAUAAUUCAAGUAUCUAUAAAAUUUAUUAUGUAAUUUGGCUACGUAAUGAGUCUAGCUCGGUUCGAGUAUUUCACACAAAAAGAUUUAAAGAAUCCGAAAAGUCAAAAAAUCAAAACAUGAAAAUACCCAAAAUAAAAAAAAAAUACCAGAAAUAACUAAAUAUCUAAAAGACCAAAAUCUUACCCACAAACCAAAAAUAUCCAAUAUUUUAAAUAUAUUUUGAAAUUUUACCCAAAACUUGAAAUUAUAACAGAAAAU